AUGGCAGGGAUGGGGGAUUGUAAUCCCAUAAAAUAUCCCAUGGAACCUAGAUCGAGUUUAAGGAAAGAUGGAGAAGGUGAACCAGUAAAUGCCACAGACUAUAGAAAACUCAUUGGAAGUUUAAGGUAUUUAACUCACACUAGACCUGAUCUUAGCUACUCUGUGGGUGUCAUGAGUAGAUACAUGGAAGCUCCAAAAAUGUGUCACCUUAAUGCUUUAAAGAAAAUACUAAGGUAUGUUAAAGGCACAAAGGAUUUUGGACUUGUAUACAAGACAGGUGGAGAUAAGAAGAUAGUGGGUUUUAGUGACAGCAACCAUGGAACGGAUUUGGAUGAUAGGAAGGGUACAACAGGAACCAUUUUUUUCUUGUUUGGAAAUGUUGUCACAUGGUCUUCACAAAAACAGCAAACAGUGUCACUGUCUUCAUGCGAAGCUGAGUUUAUGGUAGCAACAGAAGCUGCAUGUCAAGCACUGUGGUUGAGAAGUUUAAUAAAAGAGUUGACAGGGUGGAAGGAAGAAGCAGUCAAACUCUUUGUAGAUAACAAGUCGGCCAUAGCUUUAAUGGAGAACCCUGUAUUCCAUGGUAGGAGUAAACAUAUUGACACCAAGUUCCAUUUCAUAUGGGGAUGUGUUGAAAGAAAGGAGAUACAAGUGAAGCAUGUAAGUGGAGAAGAACAGAGGGCAGAUCCUUUAACAAAAGCUUUACCACGGGUGAAGUUCUUGGAAAUGAGAGACAUGUUGGGAGUUGAAAGUAUUGCAGGUUGA